AUGAAAAAAUUAAUUAUACAAAAUUUAUUAGACCUUAUCGGUACUAUAGCAAUCUAUUUAAUUAUAUUUAUACAUAAAUCAAUAGUUGUUUAUGUAUUUUUUAUUCUAAGUUGUGAUAUUAUCAAUCAAUUAUGUAUAAAAAAAAGAAAAAGUUUUAAUUAA